CAAAGUGAUCUUCUCAUUCCUUUAUAAAGAAAAUCAUAUUCAAUAUUACUAUUACUCCCACUCUGCAACGUCCUCAAAGCCUUCAUUAAAUCGAGCAUAAAAUUGCCCAUAUCACAUCCUACCAAUCUUUUAUCCGCACCCCGCAGGUCACCCGUCGUGCCGUGUCACUCCAAUCAAUUAUCGAAUCCAGUGGCGUCACACUCUUGACCAGUCAGAAACAGAUUUCACCCUUGAGGCUCAAGUAUUCUCUCAAAAUCGAGCCUUGCGGUUUGUCAUAGAACCUGCUUGCAUCGGUCGCCUCCCUGGCCGCGGUCAUGAGUAAUCGCCGUGUCAAGUCUCUGGCUCUGGAGGCCGACGACUAUGAUGCGGAUGACUACGACGAGUACGCUGGUGGUGACGACAAUUUUGACAGCGGCGGAGACAGUGAGCUCUCGCCAGAAGACAAAGAACAGAUGCGUCUAGGCGCCAUCAAAGUCCGAGAAGCAUUAGGCUCAGCCAUACCCGUAUCGGACAAGGAGAUCCAGGAGACUCUGUGGCAUUAUUACUAUGAUGUCGGAAAGUCUGUGGUCUACCUGAAAAAUCAACACAAAGCUACUCCUACCCCUCUAAAGAAACAGUCGAACGUCUCAAAGAAUCCAAGUCCUGACGAUGUUGUGACAAAGGCACAGACAAAAGCGCCAACACCAGUCAAACAAAAGCCCAAAGACACACCCAAAUCUAAGUCCACACUGUCAAAUGGUGUCCAGGACUUGUCAAUACAGGACGUGCCCAAAAUCAAGAGCAAGAACAUAGAUGUCAUCUCAGAAUACAAGAAGAUCAAGCGGAAAAAUGCGGCCAAUUUUGUGGUUAUUGGCCAUGUUGAUGCUGGUAAAAGUACCUUGAUGGGCAGACUGCUCUUCGACCUGAAAGCUGUUGAUGAUCGAACAAUGGAGAAAUACCGGAAAGAGGCUGAACGUAUUGGAAAAGGCUCGUUUGCCUUUGCAUGGGUGCUCGAUCAAGGCACUGAAGAAAGAGCUCGCGGCGUCACCAUUGAUAUUGCCACCAACAACUUCGAAACGGAAAAGACCAGCCUCACCAUUCUUGAUGCCCCAGGGCACCGAGAUUUUGUGCCGAACAUGAUUGCUGGAGCCAGUCAGGCAGACUUCGCUGUCCUCGUUAUUGACGCGUCAACGGGCAAUUUUGAAUCAGGUCUCAAGGGUCAAACCAAAGAACAUGCCCUUCUUGUCAGAUCUAUCGGCGUUCAGCGACUGAUCGUCGCCGUCAAUAAGAUGGAUGUCGCCGACUGGUCUCAAGCACGGUUUGACGAGAUUCGGCAGCAAAUGGCCGGCUUCCUGUCUAGUGCCGGAUUUCGGCCGAAGAACAUCGCAUUCGUUCCCUGCUCCGGUCUACAAGGCGGCAACAUUCUCACAAGGGCUUCAGAUCCCAAGGCGUCGUGGUAUUCUGGCCCAACGUUGGUAGAAGAACUGGAUCUGUCAGAGCCAUCCACGCAUGCGCUGGACAAACCUUUGCGAAUGACCAUCAACGAUGUCUUUCGAGGAGGCGUUCAGAAUCCGUUGUCUAUAUCGGGGCGAGUGGAAGCUGGUAACAUUCAAGUUGGCGAGCAAGUCGUCAUCAUGCCUAGCGGAGAAAAGGCGCAAAUCCGAAGCCUAGAGGUCGACGACGAGCCACAAGAAUGGGCAGUGGCAGGCCAGAAUGUCGUCCUGAACCUGACGGACCUUGAUCCCAUCCAUCUGAAGACCGGAGAUGUUUUAUGCAGUCCUGUAUCGCCGGUCAAAAACAUCACCAAUUUCACGGCGAAAUUACUGGCUUUCGAACACCUCACGCCGAUGAACAUUGAUGUGCACAGAGGCCGUCUACAUGUACCUGGCCGAAUCAUUCAGCUGGUGGGAGUAUUAGACAAGGCCUCGGGUGCUGUGCUGAAGAAGAAACCGAAAAUCGUCCAACCUGGUGCUGUCGUCCGCGUUGUUGUACAGCUCGACCAGGCUGUUCCCCUGGAGGCGCCAUCCAGGGUCGUUCUGAGAGCAAAUGGAGAGACCGUCGGGGCUGGCUUGAUUGAGUAAAGAAUCGAGAUAAUGAACUUGAAGCGAACACCAUGGCUAUUCAACACCAUCUUGUGCCUUGUGAUCAUGAAUUCGAGGCAAACACCGGGCGUAUCGACUCAC